ACCGCACGCUUACUACACCAAUAGCAGAAUUGAUUCCGGUGGUGUUGCAACUGUCGUUCUCAACUUUGUCGCUUUAUGGGAACUGUUGUUCUUUAAUCCGUAUGUAUAAGCUCAGCGAUGGUCACUUUGCAUUAUUUUGAUGUGGAAUUUAUCUACUAAAGCGUGUUUUUCAGUGCUUCGGGGGAAUGGUUUGGUUCUUCAGUCAUCCUGAGGACGCGGACUCAGUUAAAUUUCGUUUGCGAUCGUGUAACCCAAUAAACAUUUCGUUUUCUUCGAAAGAUGCUUUCACAAAGCAAAUUUCUAUUAUCAGAAGUACCUUAGACUCUUUGGUGGCUAAAUGUGGUAGCAUUGCAAUAUCCAUCCACUCACCAGACGCGGUGAAGUCAGAAUUCACAAAACUGCUUCAUUCCAUGUCGUCCACCUCGGAAUUACCGGAUGUUUACCUAUCUUUCGAUUAUGACCUUGGUGCAGGUGGCGGCACACCAACGUUUCAACUGACACAUCUUAACCAUCGACUUAUUCGACUGCGGAUUCACAUUGAUGUACUUUGCUGCAUUCCUCAGACUGACAUGUGUACAGAGUUACAUGCUGCUAUUCGACGUAUUCUCGACGGUUUCUUAGUUCAGUAUGAAUAUGCUGUGGAUCGCUAUUGGGAAUUGUAUGACGAAGCCCCCAAGCAAAUGCAUCCUUACAAUUACCGCACAGGGUCACACUUGGUUACGAUUUUCUACCCGAACAAAAUCUGUGAAAAUAGUGAACGUAGCUUCCGCCUCAAAUUGCACCAAG